GCCAUUUUGUAGCCGGCCGCCAAUGAGCGCGCGCCGUGGGCGUUGACGGCCGGGCGAGCGGCGAGGCGCGGCGAGGCGCGGCGAGGCGAGGCGCGGCGCGGCGUGGCGCGGCGCGGCGCGGCGGCGGGAGCGUGCCACGAGCGAGAUAGGCAGCGCUCGGGCGGCCGGGCAGCGCUCAGUGCCUGUCGGGCCCUGGUCGCGCGCGUGUCUCGCGCAGCCUCGUCGCCCUCGCGCAGAGAAGGUGCGCGCGCCCGCGGAGCCUCGCCGAACGCGACAGGAGCUAUAAUAAGGCAGCGGGCGGCCGCGGGGAAAAUCCGCCAAGAUUACCCGCAAGUCGGUGGUCGUCGGCGAGGAGGAGGAGGGAGUGGAGGUGGUGCUUGGCUGCGCCCCGAUGCAGCGCGGCGCCGGCCCUAACCAAGUGGGCCCGCUGCAGGGCCCACCUCGUUCCCUCAAGAUAUCGCCGGUCAAGAUCCAAGACGACACCGGUGGUGACCCCAUGGCUCAAAAAGGAAGGAGCUCGCUGUGCGUCGGCUGCGGAGGACGCAUCCACGACCAGUGGAUCCUGAGGGUGGCGCCGGACCUCGAGUGGCACGCCGCCUGCCUCAAGUGCGCCGCCUGUCAGCAGUUCCUCGACGAGAGCUGCACCUGCUUCGUGCGCGACGGCAAGACCUACUGCAAGGACGACUACGUCAGGUUGUUCGGAACCAAGUGCGACAAGUGCCGGCAGUCGUUCAACAAGAACGACUUCGUGAUGCGGGCCAAGACGAAGAUCUACCACCUGGAGUGCUUCCGCUGCUCGGCCUGCAUGCGCCAGCUGGUGCCCGGCGACGAGUUCGCGCUGCGCUCCGACGGCCUGUUCUGCCGGCACGACCACGACGCCCUGGAGGGCGAGAAGCUGUGCGGCGGCGGCGUGGCCGCCGGGCUGCCCGGCAACGAGAACAACAACAACGCCAACCUGACCAACAACAACCACCACAUGCACCCGAACGACGGCUCGCUGUCGGAUUCGGGCUCGGAGAGCGGCUCGCACAAGACCCUGGGCGGCGCCCGCGGCAGCGGCGGCGGCGGCGGCGGCGGCGGCGGCGGCGGCGGCGGCUCGGGCCACAAGAGCGGCGGGGGCGGCGGCGGCGGCGGCGGCGGCGGCAGCGACGGCAAGCCCACGCGGGUGCGGACCGUGCUGAACGAGAAGCAGCUGCACACGCUGCGCACGUGCUACGCCGCCAACCCGCGCCCCGACGCGCUGAUGAAGGAGCAACUGGUGGAGAUGACGGGCCUGAGUCCGCGCGUGAUCAGGGUGUGGUUUCAGAACAAGAGGUGCAAGGACAAGAAGAAGACCAUCGCCAUGAAGCAGCAGAUGCAGCAGGAGAAGGACGGUCGGAAGAUGGGCUUCGGCGGCAUGCACGGCAUACCCAUGGUGGCGAGCAGCCCCGUGCGGCACGAGAGCCCGAUCGGCAUGACGCCGCUGGAGGUGCAGGCCUACCAGCCGCCCUGGAAGGCGCUGUCCGACUUCGCGCUGCACACGGACCUCGACCGGCUGGACCCCAACGCGCCCUCCUUCCACCACUUGGUCUCCCAGAUGCACGGCUACGACAUGCAUGGCCAGGCCCCGCCGCAGCUACCGCCCCCGGGCAUGAUGGGCGCCGGCCCCAUGGGCGACGCCGGCGGCGGGCCCCUGCCGCCGGCCGGCCCGCACCACCCUGGCGACGUCGGCCAGCACCCCGACAGCACCGACAGCUACGUCACUUACCUCGAGAGCGAUAGCGACUCGCUGCACCACGACCAGGGCAGCCCAUAGUGCCGCCCCUUGAACUUGCAGAGGGACAGCUUUCUCGCCUGAACCGAGCUGCCCGCGGGCCGCUCCGCUCGCGUUUUCGCGCUGCGAGUGCGUUUCAAAUUCAAGUGGAUUGGUACGGUUAUUACAUGUAUAUGCGAGAUUUGUUGAUAAGAGACGAGUGUCGUUUGAUGUUGUUAAAGUUUUCCGCGUUCGACGCGCUCACCGAGUGUUCUACGAGAUUACCUUUUUUGUGUUGUUGUUGAUUUAUUAUUUUGUUUCGUGAUGCGCGCGACCAGGAUGCACGAGCGAACGCGAUCCGUUUGACUUAUUCGCCCGACAAGUUGCAAAUGCGACUUACCGUCACACAAGAUUCAUUUGUUGAGUUUUCCUGAAACCUGUCAAUUCCACAUAGUCAUGAACUUUCCCUCGUGUAUUGUAUAUCUUACUAUAUGCCUGUGAAAUGCUGUAAAUACUUUAGAGAUACGUAAAGAAGAGAAAGACAAUUUGUAAAUAUAUAUUUUAUUGGAGGCGCUAGAGCAGACGAGAAAGACAGAACAAACUAAUAAAACCUAAAUAGAUAUAAAUAUAAAUAAGCAAGCAUACUUGAAUGUGAUGUCGCGUGUCAGAAAAGCGUUAUAAUAUAGCAUCAAUUAUAAGCAUUAUUUAAAGCAAAGAAAGGAGAAAUACCAAAGCGAGCACACGCUAUGUUACGUUUGUAAAUAUGAAAGCUUGUAAAAUUGCCAUUUUUCAAUGCUGUAUAUUACACGCGAUGUAUAUGUACCGCUAUGCAUUAUACCGUCAUUAGGUGACAAAUUUAAACAAUUUUAGAAUUUGUAUGAUAUUUCUAUACGGCGCACUGUACGUAAUAAAACAAACAUUUCGAAAUGAA